AGAAUAAGAAUCUAAAAAUGGAAAUGGAAAUGGAAAUUGUAUCAGAAAUUGGAUUUGGAUAAGAAAAGAAAAGAAGGAACAUGAAAUCAAAAAUUAUGCUUACAGGUAAAUAUUUAUUAAUAGGUACUCAUAUCAAUAUGAAAUGAAUUUGGCACAACAGAGUUGAUUCAGAAAACUUAGACCAUAAAGUGGAAAGAGAAUUUUGGAUCAAAUUUGGAUGUGAAAGUUUAUACAUUUGUACAUAAUUUAAAUAAAACAAACAAACAAAAA